GUUGCAAAAUAAAAGCACUAAGGGCCAAGACAAAUACUUACAUUAAGACCCCUGUUCGUGGAGAAGAACCCAUCUUUGUUGUCACUGGACGAAAAGAGGACGUAGCCAUGGCCAAAAGGGAAAUUCUCUCAGCUGCUGAACACUUCUCCAUGAUCAGAGCGUCGCGCAACAAGAACGGUCCUGCCCUGGGAGGCUUGCCAUGUACCCCCAACCUGCCGGGUCAGACGACAGUCCAAGUCAGGGUGCCUUACCGGGUAGUUGGGCUAGUGGUCGGACCGAAAGGAGCUACAAUCAAAAGAAUUCAGCAGCAGACCCAUACCUACAUAGUCACUCCCAGCAGAGACAAGGAGCCUGUCUUCGAAGUUACGGGAAUGCCCGAAAACGUCGACCGGGCGCGCGAGGAGAUCGAGAUGCACAUAGCCAUGCGUACCGGCAACUACAUCGAGCUGAACGAAGAGAACGAUUUCCAUUACAACGGUACGGAUGUGAGCUUUGAAGGAGGCACUCUCGGAUCUGCGUGGCUUGCUUCUAAUCCUGUCCCUCCGAGCCGCACCAGAAUGAUUUCUAAUUAUAGAAAUGACAGCUCCAGCUCCUUGGGAAGUGGCUCCACAGAUUCCUAUUUUGGAAGCAAUAGAUUGGCUGACUUCAGCCCAACGAGUCCGUUCAGCACAGGCAACUUCUGGUUUGGAGAAACGCUGCCUGCGGUGGGCACGGAAGACCUUGCGGUCGACUCUCCCGCGUACGACUCCUUACCAACACCUUCCCAAACCAUUUGGACCCCUUUCGAACCUGUAAACCCGCUCUCUGGCUUUGGUAGCGACCCUGCUAGUAACGCCAAGCCUCAGCGCCGAGGGAGCCAGCCAUCGACUCCUCGCCUGUCGCCCACAUUUCCGGAAAGUCUGGAUCACCCGCUGGCUAGGAGAGUGAGGAGCGACCCGCCUAGCACCGGCCACCAAGCCGGCCUUCCCAUAUACAUCCCCGCUUUCUCCAAUGGUACCAACAGCUAUUCCUCUUCCAACGGCGGCUCCACCUCCAGCUCGCCCCCCGAGUCCAGACGGAAGCACGACUGCGUGAUCUGCUUCGAGAGCGAAGUCAUUGCGGCCCUGGUCCCCUGCGGCCACAAUCUCUUCUGCAUGGAGUGUGCCAACAAAAUCUGUGAAAAGGAAACGCCAUCGUGUCCCGUUUGCCAGACAGCUGUUACUCAGGCAAUCCAAAUUCACUCUUAA